UUAAAUGUCUUUUAUCUAUUAAUCCUACAACCUCAUAUUUAUUAUUUUGGUUGCAUAAUUUAGAGAAGGUCAAAUCUCUAUGCAUUCUAUAUGAGAGUUUAUUUUUUACAUUUAAGUCAUUAAUAGGAUCACAUGGAAACCGGAAACGGUCUUCAAAAUAUUGAAAAAUUAGGAGAUACAAUUAUAACAAGUCGUAAAUGCGCCAUUUUAUUAGAUAAAAAACGGAAUAAAUGCCGAGAAGCUCUUACGGCUAUAAAGCAUAACGAAAAAGAUCAUUGGAUGAAUUUUGGAAAUGUAUUCAUAAAAAUGGCAGCUGAAAAUAUAAGAAGUAGCAUUAAACAAGAGCAAACAAACACUGAUCAACGCAUAAACGAACUCUACGAAAGCAUAUCUGUAAAUACAAAUUUAUUACAAAAAUGCACUGAAGAAAAUAUUCAAUCAAUACAAAAUACAAUAAAAUUAGGCUAAAUAUUUUUUUUAUAAAUUUGGCUAUAUAAAAAUAUAAUAAAAAUUGAAAUAAAAAAUGCAAUAAUA